ACAGAGAGAGAGAAGGCACAUUCCAAACACUAACUAAUAAUAACUACUCUUUCUUCUUCUUCUUCUUCGCUCUUCAUUUCUUUCAAUGGAUCCGGUAAGCGAGUGGGGAAACACGCCGUUGGCGACGGUGGAUCCGGAGAUCCACGACCUCAUCGAGAAGGAGAAGCGACGCCAAUGGCACGGCAUCGAGCUCAUCGCGUCUGAGAAUUUCACAUCAUUCGCAGUUAUAGAAGCCCUGGGCAGCGCCCUCACCAACAAGUACUCCGAGGGCAUGCCCGGAAACCGUUACUACGGCGGCAACGAAUUCAUCGACGAAAUCGAAAACCUUUGCCGCUCACGCGCCCUCGAGGCAUUCCACCUCGAAUCUCAAUCGUGGGGCGUCAAUGUGCAACCGUAUUCCGGUUCCCCGGCGAAUUUCGCGGCGUAUACGGCGGUGCUGGAACCGCACGACCGUAUCAUGGGGUUGGAUCUGCCGUCGGGUGGGCAUUUGACCCAUGGAUACUACACUUCGGGUGGGAAGAAGAUAUCGGCGACUUCGAUUUACUUCGAGAGCCUUCCUUAUAAGGUGAAUUCGAAGACGGGUUACAUUGAUUAUGAUAGGUUGGAGGAGAAGGCGUUGGAUUUCAGGCCCAAGUUGAUUAUUUGUGGUGGGAGUGCCUACCCUAGGGAUUGGGAUUAUGCUAGGUUUAGGGAGGUUGCUGAUAAGUGUGGUUCCCUCUUGCUCUGUGAUAUGGCUCACUUUAGUGGCCUUGUUGCUGCUCAGGAAGUUAAUAAUCCCUUUGAGUACUGUGACAUAGUGACGACAACAACCCACAAGAGUUUGAGGGGUCCAAGGGCAGGUAUGAUCUUCUUCCGGAAGGGACCUAAACCACCAAAGAAGGGCCAGCCUGAGAAUGCAGUUUACGAUUUUGAGGACAAAAUCAAUUUUGCUGUCUUCCCCUCCCUUCAGGGUGGUCCUCACAAUCACCAGAUUGGUGCCCUUGCUGUUGCUUUGAAACAGGCCAUGUCACCUGGGUUCAAGGCAUAUGCCAAGCAAGUUAAGGCCAAUGCAGUUGCUCUUGGAAAUUACUUGAUGAGUAAGGGAUACAGUCUCGUCACUGGUGGAACUGAGAACCAUCUUGUCUUGUGGGAUCUCCGCCCUCUUGGAUUGACUGGCAAUAAGGUGGAGAAACUUUGUGACCUCUGCAACAUUACAGUGAACAAAAAUGCUGUUUUUGGUGAUAGCAGUGCCUUGGCUCCCGGUGGAGUACGAAUUGGUAAGAAACUUCUGUAUUGUGCCCCAGCCAUGACUUCUAGAGGCUUGGUUGAAAAGGACUUCGAGCAGAUUGCAGAGUUCCUUCACCGUGCUGUGGCUCUCACACUGGAGAUCCAGAAGGAGCAUGGAAAACUUCUGAAGGAUUUCAACAAGGGCUUGGUGAACAACAAGGAUAUUGAAGAUCUAAAAGCUGAUGUUGAGAAGUUCGCUACCUCAUUUGAUAUGCCAGGCUUCCUGGUAUCUGAGAUGAAAUACAAGGAUUAGGUUUAAUCAUACAACUCUCCACUCAAUGUCUUCGUUUUUCGGGUGUGUAGGUUUAU